AGCUUAUAUAUACACGUCGCGUUGUCACAUCUUUCACACCAAAAGCUACACAAUGGCUAAAACCUCUCUUCCUCUCGCCGCCUCCUUCUUCCUCCUCAUCUCCUUCUCCUCCGCCGUAGACACCAGCCGUCUCUUCCUCACCGUCGUCAACAACUGUCCCUUCACCGUCUGGCCAGCCAUUCAACCCAACGCUGGCCACCCCGUCCUAGAGAAAGGUGGUUUCGCUCUCCCAAAGUACACUCACCGCUCCUUCAACGCUCCAACCACACACUGGUCCGGUCGCAUCUGGGCCAGAACCAACUGUGCCCACUACAACGGCAAAUUCUCUUGCAUGACCGGAGACUGCGGAAACCGCCUCGAAUGCAACGGUCUCGGCGGAGCACCACCAGCUUCACUAGCUCAGUUCGACCUCCACCACGGUGGUCACCAUGACUUCUCCUCUUACGGCGUCUCCCUCGUCGACGGUUACAACGUUCCUAUGACUGUGACUCCUCACGAAGGCCAUGGUGUCUGUCCCGUUGUAGGUUGUCGUGAAGAUCUUAUAAAAACGUGUCCUGCUCAUCUUCAGGUCCGGUCACAUAGUGGACACGUGGUGGCUUGUAAGAGUGGAUGUGAGGCUUUCCAUACAGACGAGCUGUGUUGUCGAGGUCAUUACAAUAGUCCUAACACGUGUAAAGCUUCGAGCCAUUCGUUGUUCUUUAAGCAUGCGUGUCCUUCGAGUUUCACAUUUGCUCAUGAUAGUCCUUCGCUUAUGCAUGACUGUUCUUCUCCUAGAGAGCUCAAAGUCAUCUUCUGCCACUAAUGUUUCGGCUAUGUUGUAGGGUUUUAUCGUAACAUCGGACUGAUCUUCUCAAGAAUUUGUUUGGUUUAGUCUGGUUUUGAUUGGUUAAGUUUGCGAUUUCCGGUUCUGUUAUGUAGACCAACUAUGAAAUUAUGUAUUAUCUUGAAACUGCUUUCUGUUUAAUUCUCUUUUAUUUCGAUUCUAUAAAUGCUUAAACAUUGA